AUGUUUUGCCCAAUUUUCAGACAGAACUUCACUGGACACAACGAACGUGCUGGUGCUGCAAUAGCGGUUUACCACAGAGGAGUAUUAAUGGUAGAUCUGUGGGGAGGAGUCGCUGAUCGUUCAACUCAGAACCUGUGGAACCGUGAUACCUUAGCCAGUAUAGUCUGCUGUACGAAGGGUAUCGCGGCGAUAUGCAUAGCGAUGAAAGUCGAUCGAGGUGAAUGCAGCUACUCAGACAAAGUUGUGAAAUAUUGGCCUGAAUUCGGGCGAAAUAACAAACAGGACAUUACUAUUGAGAUGAUCCUUACUCAUCGAGCAGGAUUACCAUAUUUUGAUACCGAAUUCCACCUGAGCGACUUGACCAAAGACAGUAUCGCUAAAAUAAUAGAAGCCGAAUUCCCUAAAUAUCCACCGGGUUCGAAAACCGAAUAUCAUGCAGUCACCUUUGGGUGGCUUAUUCGAUCAGAUGUCGAAGUGUACAUCGGAUGUUCCGGAGAGCAAGAAAGUCGCGUUGCGAAAUUCCCCGUCAUGAAGAAAGGCUUGUCAUUACGAGAGUACGUCCAUGAUAGGAAGAUAUUCGCAGUUGGUGCACAUCUUUCGAAAAAGCCAACGGUAACCGCAAGCAGAAUGCAAGCCAGUAAUGAGGUAAGGAUCAUAAAUCUCACCGAGAGAAUAAAGAAAAGGCAGCUCAAUUCUUUAAUCAGCUGA